AUGUCAAGAGGCUCUAGAUUUAUGAAAGGUUCCUUGUUAGUAUCGGGGAUAUGUACUGAUGGAUCAUAUGUUCAGAUGAUUAGCGAAUUUGAUGGUAUUGUUAUAUCUAAUAUCAACACCACUGAUAAUACUUUUAUAAAAGCUAAGACCAUUGUAUUACAAAUUCCUGUUACAGAUAACUUUAAAAUAUUGAACAGAAUUACUAUUAGAUCUGCAACCUCUCCUUUGAAAGUAAAAAAGUCAUAUUUUGUUUUAAGAUCUGAGACAAAAGAGAAACUAACUAGAUCAAUAGUUUCUGCAAAACUCAAAGGGAUUGGAAGAGGAGUUAGACCUGAAAAAGACGUACUUAAAAAUGUUGAGAAUAUAACAGAUAUAAGUACUUUGGCUGAUAAAGAGGCUCAAUUGAAGCAUACUAAAGGGGAGUUAUCACUUUUUAAGGGAGAAGAAAGUAUCUUAAAAGCUAGAUUAAAAGAUAUAGAGGAAGAAGAAACUCUCAGAGAAAAUUAUUCAACUGAUAAUGAAAUAAUCAAACGAGAUCUAGAAAUAGAUAUGAAUAAGAAUAACUCCCAAAGACAGGAUUAUACUCAAGUACAUUUUAAUAGACAAGUAAUCCCCAACAUUGAAACACCAGCUGAAAUUUUGGAUAUAAAUAGUUCAAGUCCUAUAAGAGACACUGAAAAAGUAUUUGAAACUGAAAAAGUUUAUUAUAUUGAAGAAUAUGUAAAUGCAACUGGUGAACAUGAACAAAUUAAUGUCACUAACACAGAUAAGAUUAAUGAUAUUUUAACUUAUCAGGGAGACACUUUGUUUGAGAAGACCUCGAUAGAUCAUUUUGAAAAUAAGUCAAGUUGUAUUAGCUGCUAUAAGAACAACAGAUUUAAUGAGUUGGUAUCUAUGAAAGAUAUUAAUAAUACUAUAUAUAGAGAUAUCAAUACUAGUAAUUCAAAACCAAAAAAGUGCAGAGAUGGUCUUCAAUCUAAAAUUAAGUGCUUUGGCAGGAAGAAAAGAAAAGGUAGAAAAUAUGGAGACAUAGAUAUAUAUUCAGCAGAUACUGAGGCAAAAAAUAAAAUGAUGGAAUUCCUUAAUAAACGUCUUCAAGAAUCUAAAAUAAGUGAAAAUAUGAUAGGUAGUGAAGAGAGUGAAGACCAAUUGGAGAAAUCGAAACUUGCUAAGGAUGAAGAUUACAUAGUAUAUUUAGAGUCAAUUAUAAAUCAGCAAAAUGACCUAACUAAAGUACCUGUUCUAAAUAGCUCUAACACACCUAUAUCUGAAGAAAUAUAUGAAAAGGAAAUAGAAAUUGUUGACAUGACUCCAACAGUAACAGUUGUUGAGGUUAAGAAAAGUUCUUCAGAACUCUUUUUAGAUGAUAUAAAAUCUCCUGCAAAGUUAGUGGUUGUAAUUAAUAAAUCUGAAACUAGUCCAAUAUAUAAAUCAGAAUUAGUAGAUGAAACUAUAGAAGUCGCUAAGCCUAUUGAAACUGUAGAAACAUAUGAGGAGAGGACAGAUUUUCCAUCUCCACUAGAUGAUAUAAAAACACCUCCAAUAUUAGUUGUGGGAGUGCCUCAACUAAGUUCAUCACCCAUCAAAAGUCAAUUAACUUCGUCUAUAAGCUCAGUUUCACCAGAAAAACUAGUAACAAGAAAGAUGAAUAAGAAUGGUAUAGUUGCAGCUCGAGUUAAUGAAAUUGAAGAAAGAAUGAAGUCUAAUGAAUAUAACCUAUCACCAGUUGUUAACUCGGUUCACCAUACUUCUCGUAAACUUGUUCAAUUGAGAUCCCCUAUAAUAGAAGACCCUGAGAGCCUAUCUACUCUUACUGUAGAAUCUAUAAAAUCAAAUACAGAAGAGUAUAGUUCCUCAUUGGAGGAUUCCAUGCAUGAUCUGCCUGAUCCUAUAUCAGAAGUAUCAUUUUUGGAUAAAGAGGAUAAAUUCAACCAAUCAAAUUUGUCCUUAAAGGAAAAAUUAACUAGUGAAGUGGAAAUGACAAGUUUCGAGAACACUAGUGCAAUAAAUAAUACAGAUGCAAAACAAGGUAUCAAACCUUAUGAAAUAAGACUUGAUACUUAUAAUCCAGUUACUACGACUUCUCUUCAUAAUAGUCCAGUAACUACUGUAAUUUCUUCUCAUGGUCAUCCAGUAACUACUGUAAUUUCUCCUUAUGAUCACCCAGAAACUACUGUAAUUUCUUCUCAUGGUCAUCCAGUAACUACUGUAAUUUCUCCUUAUGAUCACCCAGAAACUACUGUAAUUUCUCCUUAUGAUCACCCAGAAACUACUGUGACUUUUCCUCAUGACUAUCCAGAAAAUACUACUCAGCAAAGUUCCAACCUUACAAGUAUAGAGUCCAGCAUACUCACCCAGUCAAACUCUCUAGCUGAUGAAAAAAUAAUUGACACAUUGAUAUCUGAUCAUAGUUCUCAGAAGCUUCUAUUGUCUGAGUCAACCCAAAUUGAAUCUCAAAACUUCACUGAACAAAUAACAUUACAUAAUGUUCCUAGUGAAAAAGUAUUGGUAACUGAGACUAACGUAACGUCAGCACCUUUGGAUGUAAACUUAGUUGUCUGUCCAUCUAAAUAUCAGGAUCCAGUGGAUAUAACCGUGCAAUCUAACUUCAAAAAUACUACUGUGAAUCUAGCUAAAUUAGAUACUAUUCAACCUACCAAAACUAAAAAGGAAUCGGGUACAAGAAAACUUAGGGGGAUGACUCCUCGGGCAGUUCUUGAGAGUUCAAAGAUUGGACAAGUAAUAGUUGUCACCUCUACAAGAUAG